AUGGAGGAUAGUUUGUUGGAAACCGGGCUGGAAUCUCAAGACGUACCGAAGAGAUUCGUGAUUUGUUGGAAAUUAUCAAAUACGACGAAGAGAGGAAGCAAACGGUUGGAGUACAGGAAGCGGUUGGCUGUCGCUGUUCUUACGACUAUAUUAGUAUUACUACCAACAACGUUUACCUACAUCCGAAUCCGGAACAGGCAACUCGAAAAUGACGUCUCGAAUCUGACGAGACCCCACGUGAUUUUCAUCGUGGCAGACGACUUGGGUUGGAAUGAUGUGGGUUGGAACAACAAGAAGAUCAAGUCUCCGAACUUGGACAAUCUCGCAAAAGCGGGCGUCAUGCUAGACCAUUACUAUACCUACCCCAUCUGUACCCCGUCCAGGGCGGCCAUCUUGACUGGGUACUACUCGCACCGUAUCGGGCUACAGCAGCGGGUCAUCCAUGACUUCCAGAAACGAUUCGUUCCGAAGGAUAUCCCCAUGAUUUCAGAGAGGUUUCAGGAGCUCGGUUACUCAACAAAUAUGGUUGGGAAAUGGCACUUGGGACAUUGUAAUUGGGAUUACACGCCAACACAUCGCGGUUUCGAUUCAUUCUUUGGAUACAAUUUCGCUACUCUGAGUUAUUAUACGCAUACCUGGAGGAAACUUUACGACUUAUGGGAAAACAGAAGUCCGUAUCUUGACCCUGAAAAGACAUAUUCCACGGAUUUGUUUUCCAAGCGAUCGUUGACCGUCAUCGAGAAUCACGCGCAGCUCCAUGGUAAUAGAAAACCACUCUUUCUGUAUCUUGCCUUUCAAGCCAUCCAUGGUCCAGCUGAGGAAGUCCCGGAGAAAUAUCAAAUCGAAACGCCGUUCAAGAACGUGAAAUCUCGUGAGAUUGCUGCACGUGCCGUGAAGGCCAUGGAUGAAGCUAUCGGGAACUUGAUUUCCUCUUUAGAAAGGAACAAUCUCAUGAAGAACGCUCUUGUCGCCUUUGUGUCAGACAACGGAGGUGAGAUAUCGAAUGGUGGGAAUAACCUCCCUUUCAGAGGUGGUAAAUUCACUCUCUGGGAAGGAGGUGCGCGGGUUCCGGCCUUCGUUUAUGGACCAAUGUUGAGCAAUCCCGGAAGAGUGCACAGUGGACUGUUUCAUGCCGUGGACUGGUUUCCGACUCUUUUAUCAGCGGUGAAGGCACCGCCAGAGACCGGAGUACCUCGUUAUGAUGGGAUUGACCAAUGGGACCUACUUCGCAAUGGGUCAAAUCAAGAGGUGUCUUUGCGGUAUGACAUUGUUUAUGGCAUAGAUACCAGCCGGAACGCAGCUAUACGAGUUGGUGACUACAAAAUCAUCCAAGGGAAUCCGGUGGGCGAAGCCUAUGAGAAAAUAAUGAAAGAUUCCAAGAGUCCGUUUGACGCGAACGGCUGGCCUCAAGGAGAUAAACCGGGUAGUGGUAGAAGUCGGGACACAUUCACGGACGAAAGUGUCCUCUUAUUCAAUUUACGACAAGACCCAGAGGAGAGAGUCAAUUUGGCUGAUAAGAUGCCGGAAAUGGUGGAGAGGAUGAGAGAACGAUUGAACACUGAGAUAAGCCGGGCUGUACCGGAGCAAGAUAGGAUAAGAUAUAGGGACGAAGCCAUGAAUAAAGUUCGGAAUGAUGUCUUAUACCCCGGUUGGUGCUAA